ACUUAAAUACUGAAACACAAGCACUGCUUUGUAUAGUACAUACCUUUAUUUCAGACACAGGAACGGUACUGAAAGUUGUGAGCAUUACAAAGGAGAAGUGGACUGUGGAAGAUUUGCAGAUUUUCAGGCAUCCAUCAUUUAUCUCAACUAUGGAGAUGUCCUUGAAGCAGCAACAAUUGUACAUUGGUUCCAAAGAUGGAUUGGUUCAGCUCUCCCUGCACAGAUGUCACACGUAUGGGAAGGCUUGUGCAGACUGCUGCCUUGCCAGAGAACCAUACUGCGCUUGGGAUGGAAACUUGUGUUCCAGAUAUGCACCAACUUCUAAAAGGCGAGCCAGGAGGCAAGAUGUUAAAUAUGGACACCCAAUCGCUCAGUGCUGGGAUAUGGAAGAAAGCAUUAGUCAUGAAACUGCUGAUGAAAAGGUGAUUUUUGGCAUUGAAUUUAAUUCAACUUUUUUGGAAUACAUUCCUAAGUCCCAGCAAGCCUCGAUUAGGUGGUAUAUUCAACGCUCUGGAGAAGAACAUCAAGAAGAGCUGAAGGCUGAUGAGAGAAUCAUCAAAACGGAAUACGGGCUGCUGAUCCGCAGCCUGCAGAGAAAGGACACAGGGGCAUAUUACUGCAAAGCACAAGAGCACAUGUUCAUUCACACCACUGUGAAGUUAAAUUUGAACGUCAUAGAGAACGGGCACAUGGAAAGCACUCAGAAAACAGAGGACAAAGACAGAUGGAUGAAAGAUUUGCUUACUGAGUCGCGGCUGAGGUACAAGGAUUACAUCCAACUCGUCAGCAGCCCCAGUUUCAGCCUGGAUGAGUAUUGUGAACAGAUGUGGCACCGAGAGAAGCGGCGGCAGCGGAACAAAGGUGGGGCAAAAUGGAAGCACAUGCAGAAGAUGAAGAAAAAGCGAAAUCGAAGGCACCAUGAACCUGUCAGCAGCCCACAUGCCAGGCCUACAUCUACGUAG